AUGAAGUCUCAUUCUGGCGUCUUCCAUCUCCUCCCUCUCGGCCGACGCGUCCAGGACAAAUUGGAGCAUGUCAUCGACUACUAUAUGCAGGAACUGGGUGCGUUUAUUGCCGAGGAACGAGCCUCAAGAGUCGCUCUGUCGACCAUCACGUCUAAGGAUCUAUGGCAAAAAAGUGGUCGUCUAGCACAAUUAGAGCCUGAGCUCUUCAGCUUUGAUGAUCGCAAGGGAACAAAAUACAUGUUGUCACCCACACAUGAGGAGGAAAUUACUACGUUAGUGGCAAAGACUGUCAAGUCUUACAAGGAACUGCCCCUUCGCCUCUAUCAGAUUACACGUAAGUUCCGCGACGAACUACGCCCUCGACAUGGACUUCUCAGAACCCGCGAGUUCACCAUGAAGGACUUGUACACGUUCGAUGUCUCCACCGAGGCGGCCUUGAAGACAUAUGAAAAGGUUCAGUCAGCAUAUGCUGGUGUCUUCAACGCCUUAAAAUUGCCCGUGCUGGUAGCCAGGGCUAGCUCCGGGGAUAUGGGGGGCGACCUCAGUCACGAGUACCAUCUCCCUACCGCGAUUGGUGAAGACACCGUGGUCACCUGCAACACAUGUGAUUACGCCGUGAACGCGGAGAUUGCAGAGACAAGACUCGUCAAGAAGGAACGAGGACUGGAUACCAAGACGGCGACGGAAAGUCCUAUGGCCCGUCCCGUAAAGGUUUGGCGAGGUAUCAGCAGGGAUCGAUCGACGUUGUGUACCACGGUCAUUAAGAACGGCAAUGGCCAGCUACUCAAUCUGCUGGCUGCUCGUGUUGGCGACGGGUGCCCAAGUUGUGACGGUGGUGUUUUGCAGGUGCAGAAAGCUCUGGAGGUGGGACACACUUUCCAUCUAGGAACACGAUAUUCAGAGCCACUCGGGGCAGUAGUCUCGAUCCCAGGUGAUAGGGCACAGUCUGGAGCAUCGGAGAGCACGACUCUUAUGCAGAUGGGCUGCCAUGGGAUUGGCGUUUCACGGCUUAUCGGUGCUGUAGUCGAGCAUUUGGCAGAUAGCAAGGGUCUUCAGUGGCCUCGCGCCAUUGCCCCAUACGAAGUCGUGGUUAUUCCUACGACUGAUCUGGCUGAAGAGGCAGUCGGGGUUUACGACGAGAUCACGACGGCCUCCAACGGCUUCGGCGCGGUUGAUGCGGUGCUAGACGACCGAACAGUGUCACUGACAUGGAAGCUGAAGGAUGCAGACCUUGUAGGAUACCCAGUUCUCGUCGUGCUGGGCAAGGUGUGGAAGAAGGACAAAGGCACCUGCGAGGUUCAAUGCAGGAGGCUGGGGAUCAACGAAAUGGUUCCGCUCACGAAUAUUCGUCGCCGGGUGUCUGAGUUGCUUGAGCAGCUCUAG